AUGAAUGAUAACUCGCUUCUGCAUUGGUUCUAUUCAAUGGCAUUAAGAAUAAUACUGUGUCAUAGUCUGGCCUCUCUACUGGUAAACAUGAGGCCAGGACUUCCAAACAACAACUCCAGAUACCGAGAUCACUUGCUUAAUGUCAAGGAUCCUUCCUUUUUAUCCACAUGUCCGAGCUUUGCCUUGUCUCCUUUGUCGUCUCAUCACAUCCAGUACAUCGACAAUACUCAUCCCAUCCUUGCGUCAGUUUGGACCUCGAGCCGGUAUCAGCUCUGCGCUGCUCGAGAAAGACCAAACGAAAAAAAAGUGGUCAUGAAUCCCAUCAAACGCCGUCCAGGAGCCAGGAAUCAAGAACUCCUGGUGCACAAAAACCCAUCAUAA